AUUUGGUCUAGCCUCCCAAAUUGACUAGCAAUGCUUGCAUUUAGACGAGUGCUUGGAAAAAUAGUCAUCACCAGACACCAGGAAUCCAACAAAGAUGUCGGCGACCAAGCAGCGCCCGACUCGAUCGAGCGUAGCCGGUACCGGUAGUACUGCAGUGCACACAGCGCUAAGAAGCUCACGCCAUUGUUAUUAAAGCACCUGCUCUGCUCUAGGCCAUGGCUUGCGAGUCAGUGACGUCACGUCUCGUCGAAAUGGACGAGCCACCCGACCGUUCGCCGUUGCUUCGGCGGUAACCGCAGCGAGAAAGUGAGCAGAGCAGCACACGUAUACCGUAUACCCAAAACCCAGCUCCAGUCCACGCCACCGUCGUCGAUCUCCCACCAAACUCCCGCCGUCUCCCCUCCCUUGCUCGCAACCUUCCUUUCCGAGUCUCCAACCUCUCAAGGCCAUAACCAUCUCCGGCCACUAGCCUGUCCGGACCGGUCCGGACCGAGGCAGCCGUCAGGAUGCCGGGGCCGGGGGCGCACCUGCUGUACGCGCUGUCCGGCGGGGCGGCGCUCUCGCGGCUCGCCGGGGACGGUGGCCGCCGCUUCGGCCCGCACCACUGCGCCGUCUACGCCGCCAACGCCUUCCUCGGCCCGGACCUCGGCUCCUUCGCCGAGUGGCUCGCCUCCUUUUUUCCCUCUGCCUCCGCGCAGGCCGCCGGGGACUUCGCCAUGGCCGCCGUUCACCACCCAUUCUACUACCCGCUCCUCCUCGGCCUCCCGCUCGCCUGCCUCUACGCCUGGCUCUCGCGGCGGCUUCUCCGUGCCGGCCUCCUUGACGCGCCCAACGGGGUAGCAUUAAGCAAGACGCAGUGCUUCUUGCUUGUCGCAGCCGGCUCGCUCUCCCACUUCUUCUUGGAUCACUUGUUCGAGGAAAAUGGCCAUUCUACAAUGUAUACUUGGAUACUGAGCACUGGUUGGUGGCAAGGCCGUGCUCCUAUCAAUUCAGAUGCAGUGUUUGUUAUCGGCCUUCUUUGCAUUUGCCUCAUUGGAGGAUAUGUGUACAUCAACAGAGUGAAGCAUGGAAAAUCGGCAAUCGAAAAGUCAAACCAAUCUUUCUUUCUCAUCCUGGUGAUAGCCGCCCUGUACUGUAUGUGGUGUGCCAGUCAGAUAUACCUGCGAAAUCCCCCACAGCCCGCCAUAGGUGAAGAGGCUGAUCUUGGAGUCAUAAUGUUUCUUGCAAUUUACCUUUUUCUCCCGCAUGGCUUGUGUGCCAUGUCGAUGAACCAAACAAAUUACACUGAAGCAUUGGAUGAAUUGCCACUUUAAUAUGCGGUAUGGCGGUGUGCUUUGCUCGUCGUUUGUGCAGAAGCUCAUUUUGGUAGCAGUCUUCUCUGCUAUAAUUUGAUUUCCAGCUGGCUAUUUGCCAGGCAUAUAUGUAAUUAUUUAGACUAGAAAUAUAUUUUUUCGAGGAAAUAAAGAGGUUAGGAAAGUUCAGUACAA